GCGCGACAAAACUAUAACCGGUCAUAAAGCCGGGUAAAUAUUUCAUUACACAACGACUUAAUACAAUGAAAUCAAUGACCAACGACACGUCGCCGAUGAAGCAUCCCCUGACGGGGAGUCUUUUCUAACCAAAAUGCACGUCGAAAACGUAACGCUCGCGAAAAACUGCGAGGUACUCGAUUUAGGAAAUUCCGCUUUCCGCACAUACCUCAUAUGUAACUGUCUUUUGGUGCUCAAGAUGCUUGGGCUCAUCGCGCUGACCGUGCGCCACCGGAUGAAACAUAAGGUGUUUAUAAGUGAGGAAGACACGAAGAUGGGCGUGGGCGGUACCGUUGGUUCGCAUCCAGACGUGGACCGAGUGAGAAGAGCGUUCGCCAACGAUCUGGAAACAAUUCCGGCGUUCAUGUUCGUCAGCCUCUACUACUUGUUCACCUCGACUCCUAAGUGGAUAGUCCACCUGCUCUACUACCUCUUUGUCCUCGCCAGGAUAGGCCAUUCGAUCGUUUAUGCUAUCAAAGUCGUCAAGCAGCCCGCUAGAGCAGUUUGUUUUUUAAUAAGCUACUUCAUCUUAAUCUACCUCACUUUGCACACCCUGUUUUAUGCUAUAUUCGCGAAACACGGUUUAAAAUAAAACUAAAAGGCAUUAAUGAAAAAAUAACAAUGUAGUAAGAUUAACCGCAAGAAAUGUUGUGGUACGAAAAUAAUUUUAGAUAUAAAAUUGUAACUAUUAUGAAAUAUUUUUAAAAAUAUUAUUUGGUUCGGAUUUUUUUACCAUUACCAUUUAACAAUUAAAUUUUUAGUCAUGAAAAUUAGUUCUAACCAUUAUUGGUCUAAAAUAUUCAAUUUUUUAAGAACAGGAAUUUUAUUUUGUCGCUUUUAGAAAGCAAAAAAAUUGCUCUAAUUGAAAACAUAAUUUGACCAAUUUUCGAACAGGUAUUAAUGGUGGAAAAAAACAGUUUUAACGCCAAAAAAGUGCGGUUUGUAAAUUUAAUAAAAGAGAAAAAUAUUAUUUUUACUCGUCAAAAAAUCAUUUUAGGGCAAAAAUUAUUUUUAAUGGUGGAAAAACAGUUUAAAUCCUUUUUAUAGAUCUUAUCAAAUAUUUUAGUCAGUGAAGUUCAAUUUCCAAUCCCACCAACUAAACUAUUUAUAGAGGAAAAACGUAGUUUAACUAUACCAUGAGUUGGAACGACGGUUCGGAAAAUAAAAAUCACAUUACUUUAAA